GGCGUAGGCGCGGUGCGGAGCCGCAGCUGCCCGCCCGCCCGUCUUCACCCAUGGCCGACACGGAGCUCUUCGGUGCCCAGCAGCCGCAGCAGCCGCUCUCCGGGAACGGGAUGCCCGACGGUGGCGAGGAGGAUCCCGCCGCCGCUUUCCUGGCGCAGCAGGAGAACGAGAUCGCGGGCAUCGAGAACGACGAGGGCUACGGCAUCCUGGAGAACGGCGAGGUGCCCGAGGCGCUGCAGGGUCCCGAGGGCCUCGGCUUGGAUGCUGUUGAUGGAGUGGUUAACGGGGAUGUCUAUCAGGAGAGUAAUGGUCCCACAGACUGCUAUGCUGCCAUCUCCCAAGUAGAUCGACUGCAAUCAGAACCUGAAAGUAUUCGUAAGUGGAGAGAGGAGCAAAAGGAGCGCCUGGAGCAACUUGAUGCAAACUCGCGAAAGCAGGAAGCAGAAUGGAAAGAGAAAGCAAUAAAAGAGUUGGAAGAGUGGUAUGCAAGGCAAGAUGAAAAGCUCGAGAAAACAAAAGCCAGUAACAGCACAAACAUAAAUCAUCCUUGCUACAGCCUAGAACAGGCAGCUGAAGAAGCCUUUGUGAAUGAUGCAGAAGAAGUUUUUCCGGGCACUGAGUGGGAACGUGUGGCUCAGCUCUGUGACUUUAAUCCCAAGUCUAGUAAGCAGGCAAAAGAUGUGUCCCGCAUGCGUUCAGUCCUCAUCUCGCUCAAGCAGGCUCCGCUGGUUCGCUGAAGCAAAGCUCGGUGGAAACACUAAAAUGCAAUAUCUUAACCUUACUCAGAGAAGCUUUGUUUGCAGUAAUUAAUUAAUUGUUUCAAUGUGUUUUUUUGGACCACAUCAUGAUGUAUCUAGAGCUGAUCAUUGUUUGAUUGCAUGUUCUUCCUGAUGUUUCCUUUCUGUGUCUGAAAUGGGAGAACCUCCAAAACUGUAGUCUCUGUGCUGUUGUGCACUGAGGUAUCACUUCCCACAUUACUGAUAUUAAAGAUCUGUUGAACAGCAAAA